GUGUACAGCACUGUGUAUGUGUGUGCAGCACCCUCCUCCUCCUCCUCUCUCUCUUUACGACGCUUCCUCCUCUCCUGCGGGUCGGAUAGCGGUGUGACUGUGUGUGAGUGGAGGAGGGGGAGCUGCUGCUGCUGUUGUAGCAUGAAACACAUGGCGGGAGCUGAUAAUAAGCAGCCGGCCUCCUGGUUACUGUGAUCUGUGUAGUCCUUGCGGGAAACGGGUCUCCACAGACAUUGUGACCUUGCUGGAGAGCCUAGACACCCGGAAUAUUGUCACGCCUAAGGCGGCGGGUCACUGGGGUACAGUGUAACGCGUGCUGCAGCCCGGGUCACCUGGAGGAGACUGAAAGCCGGAUAAUUUGAAAUACGGUUCAGCUUGUGAUUGCAGGUGUUCUGGGCAAUUGUAGGACUGCGUGGACCCCAGGAGAGUCCUGCUGGCAGAAAUGGGGCACCUGGCUGUGUGGGUGCUGGGUGCCAUCCUGUGCGGGCUGCAUAUCGCCUCCUCCUCCAAACUGAACAUCCCCAAAGUCCUGCUGCCUUUCACCCGGGGGACCCGAAUCAACUUCACCUUGGAGGUGACGGAGGGAUGCUACAAGUGGUCCUCAACCAGACCUGAAGUUGCAAGUAUAGUGCCUGUAAAUGUUGAUGACCAGCAAUGCUCACAGCGGGCUGUGGUGCAAGCGCGUGCAUCUCACCCUACACGGCUAACUAGCAUCAUAUUUGCUGAAGAUAUAUUUACUGGCCAAGUCCUACGGUGCGAUGCGAUUGUGGAUAUAAUUAACGAGGUUCAUAUUAUAUCAACCACGAGGGAACUUUAUCUGGAGGAAUCGCCGCUGGAGCUAAAAAUACAAGCUCUGGACUCUGAAGGCAACACGUUCAGCACACUAGCUGGAAUAGCCUUUGACUGGACAGUGGUGAAGGAUGCAGAAGUGGAAGGAUACUCAGAUUCACACAAUACAUUGCGAAUCCUUAAGUUUUUGGAGUCCACCUAUGUACCUCCAUCCUAUAUCACAGAAAUGGAGAAAGUUGCAAAACAGGGUGACACAAUUUUGGUGUCCGGCAUGAAAACCGGAAGCUCAAAACUCAGAGCAAGAAUGUUGGAUCCGGUGUAUGAGAAAGUGAACCCAGCAGAGGUCAGACUUCUUAUUCUAGAAAACAUUCUCCUUAAUCCAGCAUCUGAUAUAUAUCUGCUUGUGGGAUCAUCUAUAGUAUACAAAGUGCAGAAGAUCAAACAGGGAAAGAUCACUGAUUUAGUGAUGCCAUCUGAGCAAUACAAAUUACAGCUACAGAACCAAGUUGCGGCUCCCGGGGGUAAUAGAAAUGAGCCAGUCGCUAAGCUGGAGCAGAGAACAUCCACAGUCACUGCAAUGCAACAGGGUCAAACCAACAUUGUGUUGCUUCAUAAAAAUAUUCGUAUGCAAGGUGUUUCACGGCUGCCAAAUGGCACAAUAUUUGUGGUGGAGCCUGGAUACUUAGGUUUUACAGUUCAACCUGGUGACCGGUGGGUUCUCGAAACUGGGAGAUACUAUGAAAUAACGAUUGAUGUGUAUGACAAGUCUAGUAACAAGGUCUUUUUGGCAGAUAAUAUACGCAUUGAAGCGAAAAUGCCUAAGGAAUACUUUGAGGUGCUGGAAACCUCACUGAAUGGGUCAUACCAUCGGGUGAAGGCCUUGAAGAGUGGUCAGACCAUUAUUGAUGCAGCUCUGACAUGUAUGGUAGAUGAGGAUGGAGGUGUUCACGUGUUGUCAAAUCCAGUGAGGAAUCAGCAAGAGUUGGAAAUAUACACACCAAUUACCCUGUCUCCCAAAAUCCUAACCUUUCCCUGGCAACCAAAGCCGGGGGCCUAUCAGUACAUUAUUAAGGUACAAGGUGGAAGUGGAAAUUUUACAUGGUCCUCCUCAAAUAAUGCAGUGGCCACUGUGACAGUCAAAGGGCUAAUGACGACUGGGGAUGACAUUGGCGUUGGUGUCAUACAGGCUCGAGAUGUCCAAAAUCUUCUACAUUUUGGUGAAAUGAAGGUUUUUGUCAUUGAGCCCACUGGCAUGGAAUUCAUCCCUUGCCCAGUUGAAGCCCGUGUAGGAAACAGACUUGAGCUGCCUCUAAGGAUAUUCGGCCUCCUGAAUGAGAACAAUGAGGUUGUGACACUGAGCGACUGCUCACACUUUGCAUUGGCUGUAGAAAUGGAGACUCCUGGGAUAUUUAAAAUCCUGCCAGGAAGACUCAAGCCAGGUGUUGAUUUCUGUAGUGGUAUUACAGUACAAGCAGAAGCGCCUGGGCAUUCAACAAUAUUUGUCAGUUAUACGUAUGGUCAUAUACAUCUAAGGGCCAAAAUCAUUAUUGCUGCCUAUCUGCCUCUGAAGACGAUUGACCCACCCUCAGUUGCUCUAGUUACAUUGGGUUCUUCAAAAGACAUGUUAUUUGAAGGGGGGCCCAAGCCUUGGGUUCUCGAACCCCUGAAAUUCUUCAGAAAUGUAUCUGCUGAUGACAAGGAGAGUACCAGCCUGUUCCUGCUUGAGACCUCUUUAUCCCGUAACCAUUUCCAGCACUGGGUUAGAGCUCUCUGCAGAGACCUCGGUGACCAGGUCAUUUCAUUGUCUGUCGGAAACCAUCCCACAGAAACCAAUCCAUUCCCAGCAGUUGAAAGCGUAGUUGUGAAGCUGACCUGUGCGCCUCCAUCACGAUUUACAAUGAAUCCUGUGUACAAACAUUUCCAUAUGGAUCUCAUCUGUCCUUUGAUGAAGCAUGAGAAGCAAGUGAUUCCAGUUUCAAACUACCGCAACCAAUUACUGCAGUUAUCAGCCUAUGAUCAUCAGGGAAGGAAAUUUGAUAAUUUCAGUUCUUUGGCUGUUGAGUGGGACUCAUCCAAGGUGCUGUUAGCCAGCUUUGAUUCUUCUAAACCCAUGGAAUAUAUUCAGAAGGAGGACGGAAGCGGACAAAAGAAACUGCAUGGUCUGAACACUGUUCUUGUUCAUCAAGUAUCUGGGACAGCAGUUAUUACUGCCAGAGCGGACAAUUACCAGGAAUUACAUCACAGGGCGGCUAAAGUGAGAACACCGGUCAAAGUAUUGACACCAGUCUCUGCUAGUCUUGAACUACUGCUUGUGGAGGAUGUAAGAGUAAAUCCUGGAUCAGUUUCCAUUUACAAUCAUCCUGAUGUCACGGCUGAAUUCACAAUUAUGGAAGGAUCAGGAUAUUUUUUCAUUAACAGCAGCGUUUCCAAUAUUGUGAACACGGCCUUUCAAGAAACAAAAGGAAUUGUGACGGUUUAUCCUCUGCGCCCAGGGACGUUAUCAAUCAUGGUUUAUGAUCUCUGUCUGGCUUUCCCAGCACCAGCUACCGUCAGUGUUUAUGUGUCGGAUAUUCUCCAGGUGGAUGUUAGAGUGGUUGAUAAGGUAGAAAUUGGAAAGACUGUUAAAGCCUAUGUGAGGGUCCUGGACUCUUCCCAAAAGCCGUUCCUUGCUAAAUAUUUUGCUUAUAUGGAUUUGGUGCUGGGGUCGUCAUCACAGAUUGUGUCAAUCAAAGCGCUCAGUGAGACGGUUGAUGAGUUUACUGCUGUCUAUGCUGUCCAUGGUCUGGCCAUAGGACAAACAAGUCUCACCGCAUCUGCCAUUGACAAAGCUGGUAACAAACUAGAUUCUUCACCAAGGUCACUGGAGGUAUUCCCUCCAUUUCGGCUUUUACCUAGACGGAUUACACUCCUCGUUGGUGCCACAAUGCAGAUCACAUCAGAAGGCGGUCCUCAGCCUCAGUCCAACAUCAAUUUCUCCAUCACAGAUGGGAAUGUUGCAUCGGUAGGAGGUAAUGGAUUGGUGAGAGGGACCAUGGUUGGAAAUGGGACAGUAACUGGAGUCAUUCAAGCUGUUGAUACCGAAUCUGGAAAAAUGGUGAUUGUGUCUAAGGAUAUAGUGGAGGUUGAAGUGAUACAACUGAAAGGUGUUCGGAUUCAUGCGCCUGUCACUAGAAUGAAAAGUGGCACACAGAUGCCGGUUUACGUAAUGGGAAUCUCCAGUAACCAAGAACCAUUCUCCUUUGGUAAUGCUGUUCCUGGCCUCAUUUUCCAAUGGUCUGUGGUGAAACGGGAUUUUAUAGAGGUGAAGAGCAGGCAUGAUGAGGCAUCAGUGGAGCUUCCUGAGAAAUACAACUUUGCUAUGAAUGUUUAUGCCAAAAUGAAAGGAAAAACUGGGCUCAAAGUGACCGUCCGGGUGACUGACCCUAUGGCCAAUCAGUUCUCUGGGCAGGCGCGUGAGCUAUCAGAUGAGAUCCAGAUUCAGGUAUUUGAACGCUUACAUUUAAUAAACCCGAAUGUGGACGCUGAACAAAUAUUAAUGUCUCCAAACUCCAUCCUGAGGCUUCAAACGAACAGGGAUCGUACAGCCACUGUUAGUUACCGGACACUGAAUAGCCCCAACAAGUUACCAGUCGUUCAGGUGGAUGAUAAUGGACUGCUGACGUCUGGUUUUCUCACUGGAGUUUCCACCGUGGAAAUUAACUCUCAGGAACCUUUUGGGAUCAACCAAACCAUUAUUGUAUCUGUUAAGGUAUCGCCAAUUUCUUACAUGAGCAUUGUAACCAGUCCUGUGUUUCAUACGGGAAGCCGUCAUCCACUGGUGGCAAUUCCAUUGGGAGUAAUGUUGCGUUUCUCAGCCCGUUUCCAUGACAACACUGGCGAUGUUUUCCACGCGCAGAAUUCUGUUCUCAACUUUGCAAUUAACAGGGAUGAUUUUGUACAGAUUGCAAAGGGAGCCACUAAUGACAGUUUCAUUGUGCGCACAGUCAAUAUCGGAUUCACAAUAUUUAGAGUGUGGGAUAUUGAGAACCCUGGAAUCUCAGAUUAUAUCCCCCUGCCUGUAGAACAUAGCAUUUACCCAAGUGUAAAGGAAGAGGCUGUGGCUGGUGAUGUUAUUUGCUUUGCGUGUACAAUAAAUGCUCAGGACGGAUUGUCUGGAACAUGGAGUUCUUCCUCUAGCUCCACCCUGCAGAUUGAUCCUAGGACAGGAGCUGCUUUAGCAAAAGAUGCUGGAUUUGUGACCGUGUAUUAUGAAAUUCCUGGGCUUCUGAAGACGUACAGAGAGGUGUUAAUACGUUCUCCACAAAGAACUCGAGCUGUAGAUGCAAAUGGAGAGAAAAUCAAUUCGCAAACUGCAAUCAUGCAUAAAUUUGUGCUUGAAAUUGGGGGAAAUAGCAACAAUUUGAAAGGGGAAUGUUCAGCAGCUCAGAUUGAAGCAAUCAAAGAUCUUCAUCCAGAAAAUCUAAUCCAUUGCCACCUGCAUUUUAAAGACCAGAAUACUGAAAUAAGUCCACCUGAAAUCUUCAUUACUAAUACAGCUUUUGAUCUGGAGACAGGUCAUUACACCUGUUCCCUCACCCGACAGAAGCUGUCCGAGAGCCAGCUAAAACAUCUCAGCAAGGGGGACACGUCUGUCACUGUAACAGCAUCGGUACGCGGGAAUCAUGUGUACCAGGAGCAGAUCAGUGCACACGUUCCCAUUAAUCCUGGCUUUUAUACCAAUCAGAAAGAAAUCAUUUUAAGCAAUCAUUAUACAGCGGCCGACCUAAAGAUAUUUGGAACUGCCGAAGUGCUUAAACACCUUGAGGUGAAGCCUGCAUCCCCGAUCGUGACUGUCUAUCAAAAAGAAAAGUUCUCUGGCGUGCCAAGCUCUGUAACAUAUGAAGUUGGCAUUAGUGAUGUGCGGGUUCUAAGUCAGGGAUCACUAUCUACGUCACUUACAGUGUCCAGCUACACGUCUGACCAAACCAUCCGUGUUCCCGUCACCCUUGUUUCAGCAACAGGGCCAGUUAAUGUGCCUUAUACCAGGGAGCGCGGUUUCUUCCAACACUUCCUGGACUCCUACCAGAUGUUCUUUUUCAUGCUGUUUGCACUGGUAGCAGGGGCUGCAAUUGCUGUUCUAGUGUUCUCACCCAAGGAGACUAUUAACCACUCGGUGUUCAGUUCAAGAUCACCGCCUCAGUCUGCUAAUAAUAGUUUUACAUCCACAUCACCAGUGAUUUAUUCUAACAAAUCCUCCCCAAGCUGGAAGAACAAUUCUCAGUCACGGCUACUGUGGAGUCCAGACUAUGCAUCCAACUAAGGAAACCUGUGACUUACCAAAGACCUUGGCUAUUUCAUUUGUGUGCCUUCGUAUAACGUGUGUUUCAUGCAGGACAGCGUGAGACUGAUAUUUUUAUGCAUUUUUAUGUUUUGGCUUAUGCUCACAAGCAUUGCUCUCUGCUAAUUAUCUGCUGCAUUAUAUUAUGCUGUACAUGGCCUGUUUUCCAUCUGGUAAUGGAGAAUAAAACAGGUGAUCUGGGAGAAAACAGGCCGCAAUCACACGCCUGCAUCCAUUUCCACUCCAGUUUAAUGCACAGGACCAUUUCCGGAGUUCAGUAGUGUUUGUGUGCAUUGUUGUUCUGAUAGUAUGGUACUUUUUAUUGAGACCAGGUGGGUUUUUUAUGUUUCUUGUGUUUUCCUUUUCUUUUAACAAACCUGUAGCUUUAGUUGCAAUUUUAUUUGCUGGCUUCAAGCAUGUGCUUUUUAAUGCAGUUUUCUUUUCUUUCAUGGCAGUGAUAAGGCCAAUUAUUGUCUGGUCAUUUUGUCGCACAACAACUUAUACUACUGUAUAAUACUGUAGAAUUUGGAAUGCUUUGUGUGUGUUUGUUAUAUCCCUUUCUGUUUAACUCAGGAAUAUUUUGUACUGAUUAGUAAGUCUGUCCCUAUAAUAUGAGCCUGGUCAAUUGGAAAUACAUAGCUGUGAAUUUAUUUUUACCUGCAAAAGUGAAUAACAUAUAAAUGCCAGUUUGCCACUGAUGCUGCUGGUUGUGAGCCAUAUUGUUGGAGUUCUGACAAUAUACUUCUAGUUAUCAAAACAAUUUCUCAUCUCUCAGUGCUGUUGUGCGGUGUACAAGUAGAAGACUGACUCUAGAUCGACCACUAUUGGUCGACAGUAAGUUGGUCGACAUGAGUUUAAAAAAAAAAAUUCUUUCAAUUUUUGGACUUUUUCAUAUUUUCUGAUCCACGUGGACUACAAUUGGGAACUGUAACCUGCCCUAAGCAUGGCGAGGGGACAUGGUGCACUAAUUGGGGUUCCCGGUCACUCUACGAGGAAAACACCAUUUUUUUUUUUACUCAUGUCGACCUUUUUGCAUGUCAACCUAGAGUCCCUGUCGACCUACUUACUGUUGACCUAAGUGUAUUCUAUCUAACAUACCACACCCCUCUAGAUAAAGGCGGUAUUUUAUGAUUUUGUAGCUUAUCACUGAUUCCUAGAAACCACUUAUGAUCAUUGAGUAUUUUAUUAUGUUAGUUUUGGAUUUUUUUUUUUUUUUUUAAGUAUAAUAUUUUAAUUUAUUUGAGCUAUCCUUUUCGUUUUUUGUUAUGGUUUAUUUAGAGCCAGUGUUGUCACAGCUUCAAACAUCCAUUUUGUUGCAUUGUUAUUAUUAAGAAAUCGGUAUUUGGUAUAUAGCUAUCCAGUCAUAAAUUAUUGUCAAAGGUAGCAAUAAUCCACUUAUGUCAUUCUGUUUGGUCUUUCCGCAGUUGAAGAACGCUUGCAUGCAAUCUCUACAUUAUGUAAGAAUCUGCAUGCCAUCAUACAUAAAGCCGUACCUGUUGCUCAUUAUCUCUUUGCAUUCCAGUCUAUAUAUAGUUUUAUACCUCACCAUUAGCUUACAAUAGUGUAUUCCAACUUCACGCCUGGCAGAGUGUAAGCACUGGCUACUGGGGAGCUGCUAUGCAAGCUUUCAUCUAUCUCCCUGCUGUACUAGAUAACUGGCUGUGUGUCAGUUCUGUGACCAUUAUAACAUUCACUACAAUAAAUCCAUUGUAUUCCUUUCUGACAUGACAAAUUGCAAUUGUGCGCUUGUCAUUUUUACAUUGUUUUAAAAAUUUAGUUAUAAUAACAAAGAUAGGACAAUAGCCUGAUGUGAGAUUCAAUUACAAGAACACAUUUCCUACACCAACUCAAUAUGCGAUGUACAGUAUACAUAGCGCUAACACCUUGGUAAAAUUGUGCACGCUUGUACACAAGUUAAAAUGCAGUCGGGAUCCCAACAGUCAGAAUAGCGACAGCAGCAUCCCAGCGGGCAGAAUUCCGAUGGUGCGUUCCGGGAUUAAGGUUAGAAACUAGGGGAGAGUUAGGGUUAUGGUGUGUUUUUUGUUUUUGGGGGGGGGGGGUUGGGGAUCGAUUAAGGUUAGGCUGCAGUAGGGUUAAAAUACUUACCAGGAUUUGUCGGGAUACUGACCACUAGGAUUCUGUUACCAACCCCAAAAGUUACAGUAUGUUUGUUCUGCAAUGAAAGUACACCUGGAUACAUUAGGUUUACUCACAAUCACUAUUCUGUUAACAUAAAUUGUUUGUUAUGUUUUAUUGUCAAUGACUCAUGUUGCCUACAGAGUAUAUGGUUUGUUUUCUACGUGGUGACGUCCCCUCUUAUCGGUUUUGUGAAUUAAAUGUAAUAAUGGCUCAUCUGACAAGACCAGACAGGUACAGUUUUAUUGCAUAUAGAAGCACACGGAUGCAGUGUGUUACACUUGCUUAAAUGAUUCAAUGCGCCAGUUUUCCUUUUGUUAAAAUGCCAUGACUGUCACUUGUGUAUUUGAGUCGUGUGAGGGGAACACUGCAAAAAACUGCAUGGACGCAAUGUGAGAAAUGUGAAUUGUUUUCUGCAUCACUGUAGAUUGCUAAGAAGUAUGUAACGUCCUCAAGAGCCAGUAAGCUUUUAUAUACCUCAAGUAGAAAGGUUUUAUUUCUUUUCUGGAAGUAAACCAGUUGAAUGUACAUACAGUUUAUGUGCUCAGAUGUAUACAGAUGUGAACUUCUGUUGUUUAUUUUUUCCUGCUCACACUCUGUGAAUGCCUUCUGUGCCUUAUUUCAUUUUCCUCAUUUAGGUUACAUUGCAAAUGUUUCUUUUUACAAUAAAACUUUUCUAAUUA